UUGCUUUGAUGACUACAGUUUUUGUUCCUACUUUCACCCCUGGGCAAGCCGGUGCCACAAAGUCACAAAUUCUUUAAAUCUUUUCAAGAAAAAUUAUUUUUUAAUGUUAGAGGAAAACAAAAACAAAACAUAUCAAAUUGAUUUUUUCAAUUACUAUGUCAUACCUAAAGUUAGCACUGUCAGACAACCUUUUGUGUUUGUUUAUUUGUAUGUAACAGAACAGAGUCGCCAAACACAACGGCAGUUGUUUUUAACAAAGACAAACGUCGCUGAGGAUCGGUAAAGUCUCCGGAGCAGUUAAGAACCACGGAAUGAAUAACUUGGAAAAUGCUCUGGUAGAUGUUUUAUUCUUCAAGAUCACUGAUUCGCUUAUUUAGCUGUCAAUCAAAAAAGGAUUUCGCCUCAGACAGCACAUCCAAUCAUGGAUGCAGAAGCUCAGCGUCCGCGAGAAAGUUGGGAACGCCCUCUCGCCAUAGAACUCCAGAGACGCUGAGCGUCCGAUGGGCGGGACAAAGCCCAGCAUUUAUCCAAUGAGCGUCUAGUUUCGCUGCUGGAACAACCCACUUUGAGCUUCCACAUUGAAGUCAGCAGACGCUGAGCGUCCGGCUGUGUGAAGCGCUGAGGCGCUGCGAGGAUGAAUGAGAACGAAGUUAUGCCGGUUACCUGUGAUUAUCGGCUUCUUAUCACAGUGUGAUAAGAAGCUGAUUCUGAACAAAAGAUGGAGGCUUUCUAGCGCGUAUUUAGUUAAUGAAAUGAACACACAGCAGUACGUAUUUCACCAUUUUUUCUUUUUUUUGGGGGGGUGACAUUUUAAGGGAAGCUGAGCUUCCCUUGCAAUCUUAGAGCAAUCGCCACUGGUCUAAACUUUCUUUGUUAGCUUAAACAGGUUGUUUUAGUCCAUAACAACAUGAGGCUGUUCCUACCAGUGUAUUUUUUUAUGACUCAAACAAAGUCAAUUUAAUGUCCUUUAUGGUCUUUACUUUAAUAUAUUUCUUAGCUAAAAGCUGCUCUGCUACAUCAGUGUGGUCUGAAACCAUGAUUGAGAGAGGGGAAUGUUUACUCUGGCAAAUAUACAGAUUAUUUUAUCAUUAUAAAGAAUAACACCUGAAGAGAUACGCAAGAGCGCAUGUACUUAAUGUCCAAUCAGUGUCUGUGUGGUGCAGUAAUUGUCGAGAUGUUUCUUGGUGACUCACUGAUGUCCAGGGAUCCCUGGUUAACACAGCAGUAUUUGCACUUUUUAGAAACUCCAGUUUUGUUGCUUUCUCCGUUACAUGCAGGUCCUGUAUGAGUCUAAUGAUUGUUCCCUUACUGUAAAUACACAACUGCCAUCCAAAUGAAAAUUGAAGCAGCUGCUUCAGUGAUAAUCACAUCAAAUGUAGUGAUUUUUUAUAUACAUUUAUCAGAAAUAUGACAAUCACAACUUAAAUUGAUUUCCUUACUAAAAAUACAUUGUGAAAAAGGUCAGAAUUUGUUGUUGUUGUUAAAGGAUGAGUCUGAGUUUAAAAUUCAUUGAAAAAGCACUCUCAGAUUAAGCUUAAUAUUCAAAAUAUGCAUUUACUUUUAGUCUCACAUUCACAAAGUGGUUACAAGGUGUAUUGUGGAAGUUUUUACACAGGACUGUGGUGAUCACACUCUUUGCACAUUUUAUUUUUGUUAAGUUCCAGUUCCUGUGUGUUAGUUGAUGUUAGAUUGGUACAGGCCUGUGCAAGAGAGCAAAAUAGUUCUCCUUGAAAUAUCAGCAUUAUUAUUAAUGUAUUAUUGUUGUUUUUGUAGUUAUACUUCUUGUUAUUUUUAUUAUUUUUUUAGUUUUUGUUGUUUUUAUGAUUGUUAUUGUUAUUAUUCUUAUGAUAAUUAUAUUGAUAUGGCUAUGAUCUGGGGCGGCACAGUGGUGUAGUGGUUAGCACCGUCACCUCACAGCAAGAAGGUCCUGAGUUCGAAUCCGGCAUUUCUGUGUGUAGUUUGUCAACCCUGUGAUGAACUGGCAACUUGUCUGCAUCAGUCCAAGAACUCUCAGUCCAAGCCCCCCCCCCCCCCAAAAAAGGGUGUAAAAUGUCACUCAUUAAAAAUAAUAAUAAUAAAAAAAAUUAAUAAUAAAUAAUAAUAAUAAAAACAUUUCUUACCUUUAAAAAUCACCAAUGUAAAACAACUACAGGACUUUCUUCUGUUAUUUUAUGUUAAUUAUACGUACCUGCUUAGACUGAAUCGAGCAAUCGGAACUUUGAAGACAUGAUAAGCACAGCCUGCUCUGAGCACAGCCUCUGGAGGAGACAGUCGCGUCACUUCCGUUAUCCGCGUAGCCGUUAGCAGUGACUUUACUAAGCUAACAGGCAGUUUGUUGUAGUAAAUGGUAGAUAUGUUUGACCUGGUGAGUUUUAAGAAAGAGCUUCAACUCCUUGUUAAUAACCUGGUCAAAGCGGUGAUGAGUGAGAUGAUUACCGCGGCGGAGAAAAACUCGAGGUUGAAUCAAAAUCCCGGAACUGAUGUAAGUAGCCUGCUAAGUAAGUAGACUUGUCAGUGAAAGUGUCAAAAGGUGAGUGGUUCAGGUCCGGGGAGGCUGAGAACUGUUUAAUUCAAGGUUAUCAGAUUGAAUUUCCCUCAAAGGUGAGAUAGUUAGUUUUUUAGACUUUAAUGUCAAACUUAUAAAAUAAGAAUAUUGAAGACUGGAGGAGGAGGAACAUAGUUUUAUAAAAUAUCAUUUAUGACCCGACCCAGGGUUCAAACCCACACAAAUUCGGAUAGAAAUAUAGUUUCUGCAGGUCAGCUAGACGCCAUUCCUCAGCUUUAGCACUUUUUGCUCUGUGUGGCUGGUAAUAGUCAUUAAUUUUCCUCUUCAAACAUUUGUAGCCCCUACAAGGAGUUCUUUUAGGUUAAAGCAGACCAAAAUUCAUAUUGAAGUCCUUCAUGAUAACCAAUAGCAAACAGGACCAUCAAAAAGAUGGACAAUUUCAGUUUUACUGCCUGAGCCUGAUGUGAGGGGGCAGGUGUCAGUUGAGCAGAAGAAGAAACAGUCCUGUUUUUUUUUGUUUUUUUUUCAAUCUUCACACAGAAUAUUUAUUUGACUUGAACAUUUAACUGUCAAAAGUCAAAGACACCACUUCAACACCCACAGGGGAAGGUGUGCAACGACUGCUUUGUCCACAGGGGGCGCCAAAACUGACACAAAGUUUCUCACAGGAGCUUUAAUUUGUAGUAGGGACUCCUCACAUCUUUCACAGAACAGGUGUGUAAAAGCAACCUGUUUAAAUACUUAGACAAUUUCUGCACUUUUUGCAUUUUAAGAUACAUUCACUGAUGAAUUUUUCCUCUGAAAUGUUGCAAAUACACGUGUUGCCAAUAAGCACAGCACAGAAGUUUGUCAAAAAAAUUACGAACUUUAAAUAAAGCUUAAAGGUGGGUAGGAAAUCCUUACCUAAAGUGCCAGUUUUUGGGAGAAAUCUUGAAUGUAAACACUACUCCUUCCAACCAGUUCUCCCCUCAGCUCCUCCUCUCCCCUCCCUCUCUGCUCCAGCAAGCCCCAUCCACAAAUAGACACCCAGCUCGCUCGUAUUAUUUCAAUUAAAUUCAGAUACAAUGCAGAUAAAUACUUCAGAUGAUUACAAAUGGAGCCCAGUCAACGUGAAAGUAAAAAGCAUUGGUGCUACUGUAGAUGCCAACAGACGACCAGCAAACACAAUGUUUUCAGGACUUCUACAACUAGGAUAAAGUGACAUACUCUAGGACCCGAGAUAAACAGUUUAGCGGCGCUACAACACGUAGCAGGUCCAGUUUGACAAGAAACACUUCUGUUAGAGACACUUGGCUUACUUUGUCAGAGCAGUUUACCUGUUCAGCAGAAAGGUUACAGGGUCCGGAAGAUCCGAAGCGCUCCCCAAAUGCUGCAUUGAUGUUGACCCGUCUGUUUAGCUCUUGUCUGGUCUACCUUCUUUAUAAGCACCUGUUAUUCGGCCAGAGUCUACUUUGUUUACUUGCUUGUGUUGGCAGUCGUGGCCAAAGGAGGAUUCAGACAAUUUUCCAUACUUACUGGUUGCUUUCUUCUGUACGAUAUUGUAGCACGCUGACUUUGUUUGGGCUGAUGAACGUUAUUCAAGCAUGUGGAACAUGCCUCACAACACAGGGGAGCAGCAUCUGCCUCACUACCAAUCAGGUUCAGGAAGGUGGAGAAUGGCUUUGUUUACAGUCAGAAAGAUUUAAAAUUUAAAAAAUGUAAAAUGUUGAUUACACAGACAUAAGAGAACACAGCGAUAUCAUUAUAUUCCCAAAUGUCAUCAAUAACUAGUAGAUAUUGACUGAUAUUAAAAGCUUUUUUGUAUACGCCACAAAAAAAGAUGCUUCUUGAACGGAAUCCUGCCCCACCUUAAAGAGUUUUUUACUGCAGUCCCGGCUGGAAAAGAUUAACGCUUCAUUUGCAAAUGUACAUGUCACCCUUGCAUCUGUCUGUGUUCAGGCCAAACAGAAAAACAGACACAACCUCGAUGCCUACACUUGAGGGUUUGAUGCUCUAUUAGACACACUGCACAGAGAUUUUUUGUGAUGGGUGGGAGUGGGACCAUAGACUGUGUAUAGAAUGGACAUCUACCCCCUCUCUGGGUAAACCUUAGCGAGAGUAGCACUCCCUAGUGUCUGGUUGCAGUAUUGUUCAUAAACCCCACCUCCUCCAGCAAAGCUGUGGACAAACUCGAAAAAUUAAAUACAAGUAUUAUAAAAUUUUCAUUUCAUCAUGUAGUUAUCAUAAGACUGGUUUGUGCUCAAGUCCUCUUUUUUCUGUAGCUCCAUUUUUAAAAGUUGUUAGGGGUCAUUAGAAACAAAUAUGACAUUAUAUUGUCAAUAACUGACACUUGAGAAUAGUCAGUGGGUGUAAAAAGAUUGCGCAGGAUAUCCAGGGUUAUGCUGUCGGAGAAGAGCAUCAUCCCAGCGUUUCUCCUGCUGAACGCUACUGUGGAAAUGCGGUUUCAGGAAAUGGAGGAAAUUCCUGGAAAUACCCAGAGCAUUGUGGCUUCACGUUUUUACAAUGACGAGAGGCGGGGCCACAUUGUCCAUACUGCAUACAGUUAGUGGGUAUGGCAUUAUGAGCUUUUAUAUUUUGACUUGCUAGUUCAUGUGUCUUCAUACAGAGAUGAGCUUUACUUCAUGUUAUGAGCAAAACAACCUUCUAAAGACAAACCUCGGAGAUGUUUCAGUGAGGUUUUUAAUGAAGUUAAACUACAAAAUCUCAUAACAUCUGUAAGUUUUAAAGAUUCACGUCCCUCUUUCAGGAGAAGCUGGGCCGUCUGGUGGACAGUCUGUGUGAUGAAGCAGUGGAUAAGAUCCUGAAGGUGUUUGAUUUUGUUUUACUGAGGCAGGAAAAGAGUCCAGAAAACCUAAAGGAUCCACACGCAGCAGCUGAGGGUUUAUUAAAGACAGAAGGUGAGCCUGUCUCUUACAGAGAUGCUGUGAUAUUCGGUCUGUUUAAUCCGAGGUCGUCUGACAGAAAACACCCAGCCAUCUAACAGAGCAGUUUUUGUGUGUUUCAGGUGGUGAUGGUGGGGAUGAGUAUCCCCCUGGGGGACAGACCGUCAUCCUGGUGUUCACGGUCAGUGACUAACUCAUGAUAACAGUCAGACUGCAGGAUGACUAAAAUGAACCCUGCUAACCCAUUUCUGUUUAACAGAGCCCUGCUGUCAGCUCCAAGAGUGUGCUUCUGUCAGUGGAAACUGAGGCUCAUGGUGAGUGAGGACUCAAUUCAUCGAACCAGUAACCAUGUCUAAAUUUUAGAAAGACUUUUCUGACUGAAACUGGCAGGAAGUUGCCAGGAACUAAACUUUGUGGUUUUACAACUCCAAUUCCAAAAGAGUUUGAGAUGCUGAGAUUACAGUCAUUAAUUUAAAACCUAGGAAAGAGAUUAAAUCAAAUAUUGAAACCAAAAUGUGGUAUUGUUUUAAUCAAAAUAUUUGAUGUAAUAUAAAUAAGAUGAAAGAAACAUUUUUCUAAACAGUUAUGAGAGGUUCCAACUAAUGCUGUGAAAAUCCAGCAAGUUGGGAACAUGACUGAGUAGGCCUGGGCGAUUUGGCCAAAAAAAUGAUCACAAUAUAUUUUGUCAUAUCGUCCGAUCUCUAUUAUUAUCACAAUCACGAUUAUUUUUAAACUGCCAGUUUUAAAGUAUCUGUACUAAAAACUAAAGAAACUAGAGAUUAGCUCAACAUUUUAUUAACAUACAAAGUAAAUAACAAAGCAAAUUGAAUAAGAUACACUUAGAAAAAUAUAAAAAACAUUUUAACUCAACAGUACAACAAAUGUAGAUAAAUACUAAGUAACUCAGUUAAUUAGUUUACAGUCCUGAGUGUUUUUGCAGGUAUGCAAGACUCAAAAUAAACAAAUCGCCCCCUCAGGGAUACUGAAGAUGCUUUAAAAUGUAUACAUUAGGUGAUGUUAACGUAGAUGAUAUGCAUACCCUUCAACAUUUGGGUUAUAAAAUCCAGGAGUUGUUUGCUGCGCACGCUGGGCAGUUUUGGGGUGAACUCGUAUGGUGAAUAUGAGCUAAUUAUGAGAGUAUUUGUAAUUAAAUUGCUCAUCCAAAUAAGUAAAAGUGAAGCUGCACACUUUUUUUUGUUUUAACAGUAACAAAUGGUCAUAAAAAAAUAAUAGCUAAUAUGCCUUAAACUUAUGUUCCACUAAUAUUAGUGUUAAAGUCCUUGUAUAUUUUACAUGCUCUCCCGUAUGAGGCUCACUUAACAUCUGUGCAUGACAUACAGCACUCUUUUAUCUGAGGCUGCCCUGAACGCAUCACUCUCGCAUAUCUUUCGUUUGUUUUCCUUUUAGCGAAAUGUUUAUUUUGCAACAAACACUGCUUAAAUAUAGUUUACAGCUGAAACGGACCCGAAUCGCCCCAAACUGUAAAGUCGAAGUAUCAAUCCAGUGUCUGUGAGGCUCAGCAGAAACAGAGGACAAUCUCCGGUUGUCUGGAAACCUGGAAACUUUAGACAAAUAUAACGAUCCGAUUCAUGAAUGAAUGCUGACCGUGCUACGAGAAAUUCCCGGGAGAAAUGACAAUACAGGGGGUGGGCGGGAGAAAGGUCUGAAAUAAAGGAGAGUCCCGGGAAAAAUGGGUAUGUUGGCAGGUAUGGAUAUGAUUGAUUGCUGUUUUGGUCUGUGGCUGCACCACUAGUUGUGACUAAACUGCUAAUGCUACUCGUACCGCCAGCAGUGACAGGCUGUACAGACUCCGCUCGCAUUUUCAUGCUUCCCGCAUAAUCACUCAGGAAGAACAGAUUCGUUUUGUUGCCAGUUUAUCGGCUUAAUUGCUCGACAUCACUUUGGAGAGGCGUUGAAUAACUUCUCAACAAUAACAUCUUCUGAGGAAGACUCAAAUCAUGAAUGACAUGUGUUCGGUCAUUCUGUUUACUUCUCUGGUAACUUACAGAAGUAAGCAGGAAAAGCUCGACUCUGAUUGGCUGUUGUGACGCACAUUUCCACCAUGAUUGAUCGAGUAAAUAUGCUCACAGCUGAUCAUCGUGAUCGAACUGAAAUUUAUCACGAUCAUCGAUCACGAUCAUAUAAUCGCCCAGACCUAUGACUGAGUAUAAAAAGGACAUUCAGAGAGGCUGAGUCUCUCAGAGUUUCACCACUCUGUAAGAGACUGUGUGAGCUAAUGGUUCAACAGUUUUAGAAUAAUGUUUAAGUGUGAAAGAAUAUGUGGAUUUCAUCAUCUUCAGUACGUAUUAUCAUUCAAAGAUUCAGAGGAUCUGGAGAAAUCUCUGUACUAAAGGGACAAGGACCAAAACCAAGACUGGACUCUAGAGUGGAAAUCACUACAUGUGCUCCAAAUUACUUUUCACACAAUCACAGUUCAUCACUGCAUCCACAAAUGAGGUUAAACCUGAAACAUGUAAAGAACCAGAUAGAAACAGGGUCCAGGAACACCAGAGACUUCUCUGGAUCUGAGUCCAUUUAAGGUGGACUGAGGAACUGGUCUACCUGCAGUCCUGACCAUUGGAAACAUUUGAAGCAUCAUGAGACCAAAAGCAGGACAAAGAAAAGGCAGCUAAAACAAAGCGUUUCAGAUGUAGGCAGAAAUAAUAAUAUUUAAAUACACCACUGUGAGAAAGAGGGGGCUGUUUUGAUCUGAAAAUUAUGUUGAACUAUUAAAAAGGAUUCAGAGAGGAAGUAUAGAUUUGGAAAAAUAAUUCAUAGUACCCUUCUUUAAAUGAAUUUUUAGCCAUCAAUUCUUGUUUUCAUAAACAUUUUUUACAUCUGUGAAUCCUUUGGAAUGUGAGUUUAACCUUGCAAAGGAGAAAAGAAAAUGAUGAAGCCAAGCUGAUCGCUGUGAUUUCAAAUCUGUUUAAUUGAACACAAUGACUGGGGUCCUGGAUUCAUUGUGUAGAUUCAAACCUUUAAGUUGGUACUAAAUGGUCUCUUAUUUCCUGCUGCAGGUGAAAAUGAAACUGAUGCUGCAUGUAAAUCCUCCUCACUGCACAGCAAGCACUCCUCCCCUACCCCACAGGCUGAUGUUCCUGACCAUGAAUACGCUCAGCCACCCAUGCCACCUCCUGUCGUCGCCUCUGCAGCAGUGAGCAGCAGUCAUAAAAAAGUCGCCAACAAACCUCAGAGCACAGAGACGUCAGAAAUUCUCUCCCAGUGUCAGCAGUGUGGGAUGCUUUUUCCAAACAAAGAGCGGCUCUCUGACCACCAGAGGAAGUCACACCCUGUGUGCUCCACUUGCGGAUUGUGUUUCACUGGCAUCCAGAGGCUGCAUGAACAUGAGAUCCAGGAACAUGGUUUGUUGCCAUACGGUUGUGAAUACUGCCAGAAAAGAUUUAAACACAAACCUCACCUAAACCUGCAUGUGAGGGCACGACACACCAGAGAGAAAACCUGCCACUGUGACAUCUGUGGGAAAGGCUACUCCUGCAGCAGCAUGCUGAAAACACACAGGACGACCCACUUUGAGAAGAAGUUCACCUGUGAGGUCUGUGGGAGGAGCUUUCACCAUGCCUGCCACCUGACUCGCCACAAACUGGUGCACCAGGGGGUUCGGCCCCACAGGUGUAACGUUUGUGGGAAGGGUUUCAUCCAGGCCGGCAACCUGCGCAGCCACCAGAUUACCCAUACCGGAGAGAGGCAGCUCUGCUCCAUCUGUGGUAAACGCUACCGCCGCCUGAAAGACCACAUCAUAAGCAAACACUUGCACGAGCCUGCCACAGAUGAGCUGGCAGGUAGAGAGGCCAGUGUCACCUGUGACGUGUGCGGCAAGAAGUUCUCUUACCUGUCCCAGUUCAAAGUCCACCAGAGGGUUCACACGGGGGAGAAACCGUUCCACUGCGACGUCUGUGGUAAGAGUUACCGUCUAAAGGAGCUGCUGAGGGACCACAUGUACACCCACACCGGGGAGAAACCGUACAGGUGCUCACACUGCUCCAAAACCUUUAACCUGGCCACCAGCUUAAUGAGACACCGCAGCAUCCACACUGGGGAGACACCAUACAGCUGCUCAGACUGUGGGAAACACUUCCGCCUGCUCACCUACCUGAAGGCUCACCUACAGACCAAAGCUCAUCUGAAGCAGACUCAGCGGAGGCAAAGCAACACUUCCGACCUCUGACCUCUAUACUCAGCAUUAUAAAACAGACAGAGAUCUGCUGCUACAACUGAGCUUUCCCUCCAUUAAUUAGGCUGUUACAUGGAGAAGUUUCGCCUGAUCGACACACAGGUCUGAUGCUGCUCACUAGGCCUGACUCUCUUUCUGGAUGCAUUUGUGUCAAACAGGUGUGUUUUAUUCCUGAUCCCCUGUCGCUUUUCCAUUGGUCAAGGUUUUUAAUAUUACAUCAAAUUUUUCAUUUCUUUUAUCCUUUUAUCUAGUCUUGUUGCCACUAUUUGGUGUAUUGUUUUAUUUCUAAUAAAUGAUUAAAAAGCAAGACAAUGACAAACCACAUUCUGACUACAGGGAUUACAACAGCAUGGCUCUGUAGGAGAAGAGUCCUGCUGAAAAACUGGUCUGCCUGCAGUCCUGACUGUCCCCCAAUAAAAACAUUUGGAGCAUCAUGACACUAAAAACAGGACAAAGAAAACCCUGAACUGUUGAGCAGCUGAAAUCCUCUAUCAGGCCAGAAUGAGACAAUAUUUCACUGUCAGACUCCAGAACUUAGUCUGCUGGGUUCGCUUAGGGAACAGAGGAACUGAUAAAACGUGAUGGGAAAUAUGAUCCUGUCACAACUUUUAGAAAUGUGUCAUACGCUUUGAAAUGAGCAGAUAUUUUUUCAUAAAACAUUGAAACAUGUUUCCCCCCUAAAAUGUUUUGUAAACCAUCAAAUGUUGUUAAAAUCAAUAUUUUGACAGACAGUGACUCUGAAUAGGCAUUGUCAAGAAACUGUAUGUUGUGUGUGUUUGCUGUGUCCUCAGGUACUGUAUUUUCAUCUUUGGAGCAUUGACAGCAUGUUUGCCCUGUUGAAGUUUUCUCUGCUGCGGACAGUCUAUCCUUGAAAGCUGCCUGAUGUUUAAGCACCCAUGACUCUAUACUUGUUUUCUCAUUAUUGUUGACCUCUAUAAUCAAGAUUAAACACUAAAACCUGAGAAAGACUGACUCUGAGACUUUUUGUUCGUGUUGGGCAAAAUAACAGUUUCCAUCAAUUAGAAGUUCACUUCAUCUUUAGCAAAAAGCUCUGUUUCUGCAGGGAUCUUCUCUGUAAUGUUUCCAGACAGUUAAAGGUAGGGCAGGCAGGAAUCUGUUAAAGAAGCAUCUUUUUUGUGGUGUAUAUACAAAAAAGCUUUUAUUAUCAGCCAAUAGCUAUUAAUUAUUGAUGACAUUAGGGAAUAUAAUGAUAUCGCUGUGUUCUCUUAUGUCUGUAUAGUCAAAAUUUAAAAUUUUUCGAGCGGCCCGCUCUUUCUGCCGUAAACAAAGCCAUUAUCCGCCUUCCUGACCUGAUUGGUUGUGAGGCAGACGCUGCUUCCUCAUGUUGUGAGGUACGCUCCACGUCCUCGAAUAAAGUUUACGAGCCCAAACAAAGUUAGUGUGCUACAAUAUCAGACAGUAGAAAUCAACCAGAAAGUACGGAAAAUUGCCUGAAUCCUCCUUUGGCCAUGACUGCCAACACAAGCAAGAAAACAAAUUAAGUACCAGAGACUCUGGCUAAAUAACGGGCGCUUAAAACGGAGUUAGACUGGACAAGAGCUAAACAGCCGGGUCAACAUCAAUGAACACUUUGGCAUCUUCCAGAUCCUGUAACCUUUCUGCUGAACAGGUAAACUGCUCUGACAAAGUAAGCCAAAUUUCUUUAACAGUAAAAAGUACGGAAAUUUGUCUGAAUCCUCCUUUGGCCACGACUGCCAACACAAACAAGUGAACAAAGUACAUACAGAAGACUGGCCGAAUAACAGGUGCUUAUAAAGAAGGUAGACUGGACAAGAGCUAAACAGACGGGUCAACAUCAAUGCAGUAUUUGGGGGACGCUUCGGAUCUUCCGGACCCUGUAACCUUUCUGCUGAACAGGUAAACUGCUCUGACAAAGUAAGCCAAGUGUCUCUAACAGAAGUGUUUCUUUUCAAACAGGACCUGCUGCGUGUUGUGGCGCCGCUAAACUGUUUACCUCGGGUCCUGGACUAUGUCACUUUAUCCUAGUUGUAGAAGUCCUGAGAACAUUGUGUUUGCUGGUCGUCUGUUGGCAUCUACAGUAGCACCAAUGCUUUUUACUUUCACGUUGACUGGGCUCCAUUUGUAAUUAUCUGAAGAAUUUAUCUGCAUUGUAUCUGAAUUUAAUUGAAACGAUAUGAGCGAGCUGGGUGUCUAUUUGUGGAUGGGGCUUGCUGGAGUGGAGAGGGAGGGGAGAGGAGGAGCUGAGGGGAGAACUGGUUUGGAGGGGUAGUGUUUACGUUCAGGAUUUCUCCCAAAAACUGGCACUUCCUCAGAUCCUACCUACCCUUCCUUUAAAAACAACCUGAGCAUGUCAGGCACAAAAACUAAAAAGCUUAGAUCAGGAAUGAUUUUGUGUAGUUCAUCCCAUAGAUUUGCAUGCAGAAAACACAGCUGCUGAAGAAAUCUAUGAAAUGAUCUUCAAACAAAACAAGCUUACAAAAACACAGAGCCCAGGUUAAAAACAGCAGAAUUACCAUUUAAGUGGUUUAAAGGCUAUGAGCCUCUUUGUUGGAUUGUGGUUGUGAGGGGGAUAAUAGGGAUGGAGUGUGUGUGGAGGAUGUUUGGAUGUGAUGAUGUUGUUGUGAUGGAGUUUUUGUUUCUAUCAGCAGAUUAACAGAGGAUCAUUAAAGGUGAUUAAAUCCAUCCUACAAACACAAAGGUGGGAUUACGGGUCGUAUACAUCUUUUAAUCUGACCUCUGGUCUGCAGAAAAAUAGUCUGAGGCCUGCUGGAUUACACAUAGGAGCCCCACUUAUCAUCUGAAUUAUGA